GAGUGGUCGAGGGUCAAGCCUCCAGGGCGAAGCGCCUAGUGGAAACAAGAAACUAUAGAUCUACUUGUUCCGAAUAACGACUUCCUAGGAGUUCGGGCCUAGAGUAGUGCAGAAAAAAUGGCGGAUGCGGACUUGGAUAUCGACAAUCUGAUACAGAGAUUGCUUGAAGUAUAUCAAACGCAGAAAGAACAGGUUCAGAAAAAGGCUAAACUUAAAGACAUUUUUACCUCAGACUUUGUCGUGCGAGGAUGUCGACCUGGGAAAUCGGUGGUAAUGACAGAGGCCGAAGUGAGAGGCCUCUGCCUGAAAUCUCGGGAGAUAUUCCUUCAGCAGCCGAUACUACUUGAGCUUGAAGCACCGCUUAAAAUAUGCGGCGACAUUCACGGCCAGUACACAGACCUGCUGCGGCUUUUUGAGUACGGUGGAUUUCCUCCAGAGGCGAACUAUCUCUUUCUAGGUGACUAUGUAGACAGAGGUAAACAGUCUCUGGAAACGAUAUGCCUGUUACUCGCCUACAAGAUCAAAUACCCGGAAAACUUCUUCUUACUAAGAGGAAACCACGAAUGCGCCAGCAUAAACAGGAUAUACGGAUUUUACGACGAAUGUAAACGCAGAUAUAAUAUAAAACUGUGGAAAACAUUUACCGAUUGCUUUAACUGCUUACCCAUCGCCGCUAUUAUCGAUGAAAAGAUAUUCUGCUGCCACGGUGGACUCAGUCCCGAUCUCCAGGGAAUGGAGCAAAUCAGAAGAAUCAUGCGUCCGACCGACGUUCCAGAUACAGGACUUUUAUGCGAUCUCCUUUGGUCUGACCCUGACAAAGACGUUCAGGGAUGGGGCGAGAAUGACAGAGGCGUAUCGUUCACAUUUGGACCUGACGUAGUUUCCAAAUUCCUAAGUCGACACGAUAUGGAUCUCAUAUGCAGAGCUCACCAAGUGGUCGAAGAUGGUUACGAAUUUUUUGCUAAAAGGCAGCUCGUCACACUUUUCUCAGCUCCGAAUUACUGCGGAGAAUUCGAUAACGCCGGCGGAAUGAUGAGCGUCGACGAAACUCUGAUGUGCAGUUUUCAGAUCCUGAAGCCCUCUGAAAAAAAAGCAAAAUACCAGUACAGUGGAAUGACUGCGCAAGGUGGCAGGCCAUCUACGCCGCAAAGGAAUCCAACAAAAAAGAAAUGACCGCCUUUCGCUGAACCCGCGUAGCAGCAAACACUUUCGUUCUAGGUAAGAUGAUUAUAGAGAGAAAAAAAAAACAAAACAAAAACAAGUAUAUUAAUAAAUAUCUAAUUUUUUAUCUAUUCAGACUGAAUGAUUUACGAUGCAAAUACUGUGAAUACUUACGUCACCUGACAAAAUCGAUCCGUGUGAAUAUAGAACGCUGAAACAGGCCUCCUAAACGUUUUAGACUCUAUUUGCAAAAAUUAUAAAAGAUUAAGAAAAAUUGAACUCCACUGAGAGACCUGCCACAAGUUCUCUUUUGAUCUUUAGCUAUUUUUCAGCCGGUAGAAUUUUCAUCGCCUUUUAACGAAUAGCACGUUUUAAUGAAAAUAUAUAACGCAGGAAAGGAGGCAAGGAUUCAGUGACAUAUAUUGGAGGAAGUAACCUAGUCUCUACAAUUAUAAUUAAACAAAUCAGAUUAUAUUUAUUAUAUUAUUGUUAUUAAUCGAAUCAGUGGCAGUUAUAGACGAUAAUCACGACUCAUGAAUCACCGCGGUGAACGAUUUAAGAAAAGUAUAGAUAGAUGGAAGGAGCUUUAACUUACAUUGAAUGACGACGUCGGGCGUUUUCAGUUAACUUUUUCGUGCAUUGAUCUCGUUUUGCUUUACAUCAUAAAAUAACAUUACCUCAUUUAAAUCCAAAAUUAAUCAGCUAUACUGUGUCCUGAAGAUGCCAGAGACAUUUAAACCUGCUUAAAUCCUAAAUCAUACCAACAAUGUGAGUAAAAGUUGACCGAAAUGCGUAGAAUAUUGGACUUGAUUUUAUUUUUCUAUAUGUUUCAGCUGUGGAACGUGUCACUACAGUAUGUACACUAAUUAAAAACUGAUAAUUCAAAACGAAACGAAACAAGACGAAAAAAAAACAAAAAAAAAACAGAAAACUUGAAUAUUUGAAACAAGAAACGACCUCUUCCUCGUUACAUCUCAAUUACACUAAUAUCGCAGGAUGCUUCGUUGUAUAAAAUAUUGAUCAAUAUAUUUUUUUUUGUUCCUUUAGUUAGAAAAUAUCAAACUAUAGACUACCCACUACAUAGUUUGUUUAUAGGGUGAACAAGACGAACGAGUUCGGUCAAUAUAAGCACUGAAAAAUAGCAUACAUACGUCAUAUCAUCCUUGCUAUCAUUGUCAGUAAUAGUUAAUCAUUUUCUCUUACAUGAUGAUCCUUUCCUAUUUCUUUCGCUCUUGCGUUUAAAAGCAUUUUUAUCCUCAUUAUUCACUCCUAAUUAUUUAUUAUUGCUAUUUGUUCUUUCAACUUCGGCUAGUAGAUUUUUAUUUAUUUCUUUUUGCCUCUCGUCCUGACUUAAUUAUUGAUAAACAUUCAACAAUACACAAGGAACGCCAUACAUACAACUAUACCUUCGUGUGAUUAUAAUUAUUAUUAUUAUUAUUAUCAUCAUUAUCAUUAUUGUUAUUAAUAAUGUUAUCGGUAUCAUUAUUAUUAUUAUUAUUAUUACUACUACUACUGUCGGAAAUCGUCUUUUCUUCAUCGCUUAUUUAUUUUCGAAUGUAGCAUUGUAUCCUACAAUUUACGGACUGAGGCAGAAAAAAAAAAAACAAUAUUCCAUGAAAUAGCUGUCGAAUUCAAUCGCGUAUAGCAUUAGAGGACACAAUGCUUUUAUAAAAAUAGUCGGAUAAUAUGUACUGCAAUACUGGGGGGGGGGGGGGGGGGGAGAAUUCUUUUGAAUAUGAAUAGUUUUCAAUUACACACCUACGUUAUUAUUAUUAUUAUUAUUAUUAUUGUAACACAGAAAUAUAUAUUAUAAAUAUACAUAUACACACACAUAUAUACACAUAUAAAUAUAGCUAUACACAUAUAUAUGUAUAUAUAUUUAUAUAUGUAUAUAUGCAUUUAAGACAACAAAUGAGAAAGAAAUACUACAAAAAGAACGGAGAAAAAAGAAAACAGAUAUACGAAGAUGAAAAAAGUCCCAGUAUUUUAAUGACUCUAAGAUGAUGCUUCUAAACUAAAUACGCCUUUAUUCGACGUGUAUUUUAAGGGGAUUUAAAUCUUUAGUCAGAGACAAAAUGAAUAAAGUAAAAGAUAAAACAAUCUUCGUGAAUUAAUCGGUUUGUUCCGUUAACAGCUAUACCUUGAAUCCAUUGGAAUAACCAUGUCACAUGAUAAAUGUUGAGGGAGUUUUUCCCCUUGAUCUAUUGUACAAAGUUAAGGUAAAUACCCCAAAUAUAUUUCGUCGUACUAUAUCCUUCGUAUCUGCGUUUAUUAGAGCAGAAUAAAAACAUAAUAUGGUAAAAAUAUGGCGCACGAAUUAUUGAGCGUUAGAUAACGAAGAAUCAGAUAUAUCUAUUUAUUUUCAGUAAAAUCUCACAUGUGGGAACAUCGGUUAUUGUUAUUAUUAUUAUUAUUAUUAUUAUCCCUGUAUUCUCAUGCGAAUUUUUUUAUUUCCUUAUUUUUUUUCAAUUCUCUUGCCUUUUUCGUCUCAGUACACAGCCCCUUAAAUGAACGGUUGAUAUGUUGUUUUUUUUCCCUUAAGGUACGAUACACCUAUUAAACAUACGUUAUAAUUAUACUAAAAAAAAAAAAAAAAAAAUACAUGUUAUAUAUUAUUUGUAAAUGAUUUUUCUGUUGCAAUUUAACGUUU